AUGCUUCUAAACAAUUCAGCCUUACUUGUUGAUGUGGUCGCCGUAUGCUGUUUGGAAGCCUUCCAAUCAAUUCGGCACGACCCCCUGCGCAAGGCAGUGCUGAAGGAAUUCGGUGAUGCUGAGCGCGUGAAAAAAAAAACCCCGCUUCGGGAGGCCUUUGAGGACGUCUAUGAGAAUAUUACAGAGGCCGAAGAACACAUGAAGGAGCUCAAGCGCAUCUUGGAGACUUAUUCUGAUGAGUACGAUCUGUGA